AUGCCGUUGUGUAAGCCAAGACUGGUGUUCGGUUUCCUUGCGCUGUUCGUGAUCGCCAUACUGCAAGUGGCCUUGGAUUGGGUAUGGAUAACAGCAUCUUUCCAACUGUCAGUAACCGACAAACUGAAGAUAAUAAGAGACAGCCCGAAGACCCCAAAAGGAUUAUUACCCAAGCCCACGCCACAAAGCCCGCGGUAUUUGCUGGUGAUGGCGUACUUCCGCGGCGGUUCUACAUUUACUGCUGAAAUGUUUCAACACCACCACGGAGUGUUCUACAUUUACGAGCCACUUCGUUACAUUAAUGAAACUUCCACAGUGACAUAUUUAAAUGGAACGACAAGGUCGUUUAACACAACAGAAACAUUGCUAUCUGAAUCGCUGAACAUAAUACACUCUUGUUUUGCGUGCAAUUUUGAAGAAGUUCCAGUGGAGUUUCUAACCAACACAAAGUUUUUGUCGCGAACCAAGUCAAUAGAAUCAUAUUUAAAAUGCAUAGGCACAAGCACAAGCCUCCUGAAGGUGAGCUUAUGCCUCAUGUACCUGGUCGACGUGUGUGAGAGAUCGUCUCUGCGAGUUAUAAAGACAAUCCGAAUGCCCGUAAACUUAUUCAAAGCAGUUCUGGACAAAACUAGAAACUUGCAACUCGUCCACUUAAUAAGGGAUCCGCGAGGGAUUCAGUUCUCCAGAAUCCAUGUUAAACGAAAGAAAAAUGUCAGAGGCACAUUAAGAGCGACAUCUUCCGAGCUGUGUCGAUAUAUGAAAGCGGAUCUUGAAGACAGCGAUAUACUUAGGAAACUGUUCCCAAACAGAGUUAAGGUUGUAAGAUACGAAACUGUGGCUAAGGAUCCCGUAAACGAAGCUAGACAGUUAUACGAAUAUGCGGGCAUUACGCCGUCCUUCGAGGAUUUGGCCCAUAUUUACUGCGAAGCAUUUUCUGAAAAAGACUUAAGAGAAGAUUACGAAACGACAAGGAGAAAUGCUUCGUUAGUUGCAUAUGAAUGGUACAAUCAUGUACGUCGUAGCGAUGUACGGAUAGUAGAUAACUUAUGUCGUCACUUUUACCAAAAAGCUGGCUAUCUAUCAAUAGAUAGCGAAAAACACAUAUAUCAUGGUUUAUUUUAUGACGAAAAUUACAUUCCUUAAACAGUUUACAUCCAUUAGAAAAACAACACAAAACAACAAAGAAACAAAACAACAAAAACAAAACGAAAAUUGCCAAAAACAAAACAAACAAAUAACACAAGAUGUCAACAGUGGCGGAUCCAGAAAAUCCAAUGGGGGGGGGGGGGGGCAGUGACAUAAGGCGGGAAUGCCAAGUGAACUUCGGGGGAGAUUUGGACAGGGAUCAUAAAAGAAUGAAAGUUAAUAUAUACUAAAAUUAUAACUGUCGCAAAAUUUAGGGGAGCCUGGACCCCUGCGGCCCCCACCCCCCCCCCCCCCCCCGAUCCGCCUCUGGU